AUGGUUGUCCGCGUUGCUGAGCUUCUUCAUGCAAUCUCCAGCGUGAUCCUGAAAGUAGCGCCCAAACCGUCUGUUUUGCUCAUUCUUGAGCCGACUCCUUCCGGUUCCAUGUCUCGUCGGGCAGCACCGCCGGUUUACCACCACGCUGGUCAAGUGACCUUGGCAUUGUGGACGCUUGGUCGCAAGGGACCAGAGGCCAAGAACCGCAAACGUCUUAGGAGUCCAGACACUCUUCUUGGCUCCAACUGGACAAGAGCAAGUGGACCAGAACCGUUCGCUCUUUUCUACAAAGUAGAACCGUGGAUGGGCGCCCGCGACCGUGGCGUUGCUGCUUUGCGAGUGGUGCCGAAGCCGAUUUCCUUGCGCAAAUUGGCCUGUGCCGGUGUCAGCUAUCUUGCCUUUUUCGCUGCAGGCUGGUUGUCAGCCUUCGUUUGGAGUUUGGCAAAUGCUGCACCUUCUUUCAUGUGGGAGAGCAACAGUUUUCUUUCCGCUGUUUUUGGAAAAAAGAGUGUAGCAGAGGAGCUCUUCAAGGUUCCCCCGUUGAAACGCCCAGCACUGCUGCCGUGUCAUGAGACAGCGGUUGUCGACGAUGUGCCCGAGACUCCAUUGGCUAAGGCGUUUAAAGCUGGGUCACCUAGGCCCGUUUACAUGCAGGCACUCGCGAGAUCGAGCCUGGAGAAUGAAGAGGCGCGCAGACAGACACUGGUCAGUGGUUGGACGUCCUUGGUCAUGUUGGACAUUUCAGCGUUCGCUGCGUUUGAUGGAGUGCCGGCUGAAGCAACUUUUGAUGAACAGCGUGAGUUUGUACUUCGCACUGUUACUGAGUGUUUGUGUGGCAAAGCAACAAGCACCAUUGCAAAGAGGCUGGGCUCCAUGGUCAGGUUCGCAGAUUUUUGCAAGUCUGGUAAUUUGACUCCUUUCCCUUUGUUGGAACAUAACCUUCAUGCCUUUAUGACGCAUCUGGUUAACGACCCUUCAUCUUCGGCUUCAUCGGGCAGAUCUUUCCUUGAGGCGGUCAGGUUCACGAGUGGUAUGCUGGGACUCACUGGGAACCGUGCAAUGAUGAUUUCACAGCGAGUUGCAGGGCUAGCCAAGUCACUUGUCUUGAGGGCACCACCUAUUCUUCAGGCUGCACCCCUGACUGUCGAGCAAGUUGGCAAGCUUGAGAAGUUUUGCUGUUCAGCGGAAUCCUUGCCUGACAGGGUUUUGACUGGUGGCAUCCUCAUCAUGACAUAUGGCUGUGCAAGAGCCUCAGACGUGGCACGGACAACAGCCAUCAUGCUGGAUCGAGUUGAUCGGGAUGCUCCAAUGACAAGUGGCCCAUGCAGUGAGCCCCAUAAUUUCAUCGAGCUCUCAGUUUUGGGACAUAAGGGAGCCCGGUCAGACGUCCACAAGAGGACUAUUUUACCAGUGGUGGCACCGAUGGUCAGCGUUUCUGGGACGAACUGGUUUGAUUCAUGGAUUGAGGCCAGGACUGUGCUUGAGCUUGGUGUGGAGGGAGAGAUUGCCUUCCCUUUGAUGCCUCACUUCGAUGAAAGAGGUUCAGCCUAUCCUCGAUCCUUGCAAGCCAGUGAGAUUGGUGAGUACCUGAGACAGACAUUGAAGGUGCAGACAAUGAACAGGAAUGCACUUCGAAGUCACUCAUGCAAAGUGACCCCUUUGAGCUGGAUGGCAAAAAGCGGUGCCUGUUUACAGCUUCGCAGAAACUUGGGUCACCACCUUGAUCUGGCUUCGAAGUCUGCAGAAUGUUAUUCUCGAGAUGCCAUGGCACCAGCGCUUCGUGCUCUGGCUACAGUUGUCCAUCAGAUUGCUGCCAAAAAGUUUUUCCCUGACAACACCCGUUCCGGCAGGUUUGUCCAGAAGUUGCCAGGAGAGGACGCUGAGCCACAGGGCGAAGACAUGCCAGCCGAGGAUGACUGGAAAGACGUUGGCAACGAUGGCUUUGCAAGGCCGAUGACAAAGGCUUCCUAUGUGGACGGCGACCUUCUGCCCGAUACGACAUCCAUGGACGAGGCCCAGCAUUUGUACGUGCUACCAAUGAAUGAGGAAAGAGAUUGGUUUUCAGCUGCUGACAUUCAAGCACUUGUGGACCAGGGUAUCAAGUCUUUCAACAAUUUAGCCUUCUCUGUAUGUGGCCAGCCUGGCACCGUUGAUGACACAAGGUUUCAGGCCCUCCUUUCAGGUGCUUUCACAAACCCGACGUUCGGCACUGAGUCUUUUUUGCGACAGUUGAGCUAUGAGUCUAUCACUAUAGCAGUGGCUGCCAUCAAACAACGUGUGGAACCACAUGCAGAAGGCCAAGUGAAAAGGCUGCCUCCACAAGAGCGGGAUGAACGCAUGCGGCAGUUGUCCAAGCGCAUCACGGGGUUCUCCAUUCAGGGGGAUUACGAGCCUGGUCAUUGUGUUGUGGACUACUUCACAACGAUGAUUGAAGAAGCCGCACCAAAGUAUCUAGCCCUCAGCAAAUGCAUUAGCCGUGAACAGGAGCUUCAGUCAGUGAAAGCUGACAAACGCAUUGUGGUGAUUGAGGACCAGCAACUUCAAGUCAAAUCCAAAGCACCUGACACCAGUGCUGACUUGUCCACUGACCUCAAGGUGCAAAAUGCUUUCGUCAGGCGAGGCAUCGCCGCUGAUCAGGCUGGCAUCAUGACUUAUGAAAAGCAUGAGAAAAUUCGCCAUUUCUUCAUGCAGCAUUUGUCCCGGCCUUCUUUUGCAACAGCUCUGGAGUGUGCCUACAACGACACCAUGGCUGCUAGCUGGGCACUAGCCGUCAAAGACCGUGCUUUGGAACGUGGUUUCAUUGACGUGGCCGACCAAAUGGACCAUUUUUUCAACAAUUUUCAAAAUGCACAAGUGAACAAAGCCAUUUCGGGUUGUUUGCCCCGUGGACGUCGUGCUCCUCCUGUCCUAUCAGAUUUUUUGCAACCUCAGCCGUUCGCCAUUGCAGAUUUCCCUGAUCUGCAGCAGUUAGCGCCUGGACAGCGUUUGCCGGCAUCUUUGCAGGCCUUUCCACCAGGCUCUCGGUUGGUACGUUUUUCGAAACACGAUGGGGGUGAUUCUUGGGCUUCAGAGUCUAUGGAAAACAUUAGGUCCGCAGCGGAUGGGCCGGAGUCUGCACCUGCUGAGCUCAUGUUUGCCAUGGUGGGCAUUCCCAGAAAUUAUAUGGACUAUAUCGCCGCGGCUUGCACCUUGACACACCCGUUGCAUAUGGCUCUGCGAGUUGGCGAUGCUUUGGAAAAAGCGAUACAUGCGCACAUCUCUGACAAGGGGCUUGAGUUCCGCCGGGUACAAUGUUCUUUUUCAAAGCUGCUGCUCCAAUGGUGCAAGGACCUUGACAGACAAGAAGGCGAAUUACGUGCUGGGAUGCCGGCCCACCUUCGGAAGAUUUUGGAAAAGAAGCGCGUGUGCGUCUUCAAGCGCGCUCUGGAACACAUUCAGUAUCCGGAUGUCAAUAUUGCUGACGAGAUGUCCGAGGGUUUUCCUUUGGGAGGCUGGCUGCCAGCUUCUGGAGUUUUUCCGGGUCAAGUUCGUGCGCCGUCCUUGCACUUGGAGACUUUGGUGAGCAUGGCUGAUGUCUUUUCAGCAAAGACGAUUGCGUCAACUAAGGCGACCUCUGAUCCACAGCUGGAUGACAUGUUGUGGCAAGCUACUCUCGAUGAGGUGGCUGCGGGCUUCCUUUCAGGGCCUUUCGAGUGUGCUGACUUGCCUCCUGGGGCGGUAGUUUCUCCGCGAUUUGGCUUGGUGCAGAAAGGUAAGUUGCGACCGAUUGACAACUUCUCUGCUUCGCAUGUCAAUGCUACAGUUGGUUUGCAAGAGAAAUUCAUGGUCGACGCCAUUGACAAAAUUGCUGGCAUGAUCAAGCGGUGGAUGCAACUGUCGCCGGUACCUUUGAAGCUCGUUGGCCGAACCUUUGAUCUGCGGAAGGCGUAUCGCCAGAUUGGCAUCAACAGCACGCACCUCAACUUCGCUUGGAUCUCAGUGUUCGACCCUGCAGAGCGCCGAGCAAAGCUUUUCAAGAUGGAGUCAAUGCCUUUUGGGGCUACGGCAUCUGUGGCGGCAUUCUUGAGGGUGUCCCAAGCGCUCAAGAUGAUUGGCACUGCUCGAGCUUCGUUAGUUUGGAGCUCUUUCUAUGAUGACUUCGUUUGUAUUUGUGAACCUGGUGCUGCAGUUCAAACGGAGCGCAUGAUGAACCUUCUUUUCAGCUCUCUGGGGUGGGAGCUCUCGAGCGAUGCUGAUAAGUUCACCUUUACCCAGACCCGACGUGUUGAGCCGCUCUGCAGGUUUUUGCAAGUUUAUGGCAUUUACUCUGCAAUUUUGAUGGAGAUUUCUAAUAGCGACAAUUGCCAAGAACAUUGGAUGCGUAUCUUGAACGGCUUUUCACCUCCAACUGUGUUUCGCUACCUUUCCACUCUUUUGGCAUUUGCAGCAUGUGUCCACAAUUUGCAGAUUAGCCUUAACCAGAUGUCAGCCUUGGUUUUAGCAGAUUGCUUAUUGGCCCUUGCUCACGAGAAGGGUCAUUGCAGCAUGGCCUUGAAGGCCAUCCGUUGGAGUUGGAAACAGUUACAACUGACCUGUUUUCAAGAAUGUUUCUCACCACUUGUGCUUAGUUUCUCCAAGAUCCAAGUCAUUGCAGAUAGGAAGGAGUCCUUGCCCCUUCCCUUGCUUGUGCUGGUUCAGUGGGAGCGCCGCAUUUUGCAGAGCUCGUGCACAACGUGGAGGUUGUACUCUCGGGAUGACGUUGACGGAUCCCUGACGGUGCAGGGUUCAGCCGAAGCAGCAGUGGCCACCAAGAAACAAAAACGGGAGGAUCCCUUGAUUGUUGAUGAACUCGAUUGCGGAUGCUAUCGCAAUACCCUUCAUGUCAUCAUGGACUGGCAUAUUCAAAAGACUGAAGCAGACCCAACCUUUGAGGACAUAUGUUCUGACGUUGGGGUGGACCCCUCCUUGGCAUCUCGACUCAUCCAAGAUGGAUGGAAUGUGCACAAUUUCGGCCUCAUAGCAACUGAUGUCAAUGCAUUCGCAGCACUGUUUGGUGAAUUGAUCCCAGAUCAAGAACUAUCCCUGCAGCAGCGGUCAUCUCUGAAAGCAGCGUUUCUUAGAUGUCAACCAGCGACGGCAUCGCAGAGCAGUGACCCCCUUGGAGCACCAGGGGGAGAAAAGAGUCCUAAGGAUUCUAGCGGCGGUUGGGCGGAGAGCUUCCCCCCGAAGUUGGAUAGCCAGACCAUCCAUGACAUGAAAGCCAAGUUUUUGUCAAAUUAUCCAUCAGAGCUUCUCAAUCAGGAAACCACACCAUCUACUUUUCCUAGGCUGCUCUCCUUGGUUCAUCAUCAGGUCUCUAAGAAGCAGUGGCAGUGGAUCCCUUGGAAGUACCGCCUUAGCCAAUCCAAAUCAGAAGAGUUGCAGACUCAGCGGGCAGCCAAGAUGCCCAAGUUGGAAAGCCUCACACUGGGUGCUUUGAUGAUUGAUGAUGUGCCAAGUCUUGAAAUCCGAAAUGAAGGCAUGGGCCUCCACGCAGUGCGAACACUCAUGGAUCUCCAUAAUGUGGCUCUGGCGAUGUGCGGUGCGGCCCAUCUAGCAGCCCUCAAAGAGUACACUCAGAAAUUCAUGACAUUGUUGACACAGAAGGUGGAACCCGAGAUGGGACUCAGAAAUGCCAACAUAAUCGAAUCUCAGGCGGCAGAUCGCCAAUGCUGGUAUAUCAUGUCAGAGCUGAUUAACGACAGAUCUUGGACCAUGAAUGACGCCUUACAUGAAUUGACGCACAUCCGCCAUGAUAUAUCCACCCUCUUACAGUUGCGCCCCAGACCUCCAAAGGCCACAUCUUCUUGGACUCCAUCGACAUCAGCAUCCUCCUCCAAAGGUGGGAAGGGCAAAGGCAAGUCCGGGAAUAAGGGCAAAUCAACUGUUGGAUCUAAGGGACAAGGUAAGACGGCUUGGGUCACAGAACUCAAGCUUCCCAAUGGCACUCGCAAGUUCGCACACAAUUGCGCAUAUCCAAUGAGCGACGGCACGGCAUGUGGGAAGUCCCACAGGAUGCUGGAGCCAUCCGUUGGAGUUGGCAUGGACCUUGCAAGCGCAGGGUCCAGAGAUGCAGGGUUAGCCCAUUUUGGGCCAGAGAUUUCACCCCGAAUUCAAGCAACAGCCUCGAUGGACAGCAGGCAUACUCCAUCAGCACAUCCUAUCCUCAUAGAGGAUGUGGACGACCCGGAAGCAGCAGUGACUUUGGCGGAGCCCUUAGCCCCUCCUCAUUCGUCAGCCCUUGAGUUCAUUUCUGAGGUUCAGCAUUUUCGAAUCUUUCUCGACAUUUCAGCCGGUGUUACUCGCCCCCUUUCUCAAGCACUGUUGGUACAUGGCUGUGACGUCCUUUCAUUCGAUAUUUUGUUGAACCCAAAAAUGGACCUUUUGAAUGAUGAUGGCUAUGAGGCCUUGCUGAGACUUUGCUCAUGUGGGGCUGUGGCUUAUGGAGCCGCUAGUCCUCCAUGUUCGCAAUAUAGUAGGCUUAAGCUCCGCAAUGAUGGGGGCCCCAAAGCUUUGCGUACUCCAGACCAUUUGCAAGGAGUCCCAGGCCUGAAUGCAUCAGACCUGCAGAAAGUGCAAUCCAGCUACACCAUGCUGUCUCGUUGUUUAACCUGCCUUCAAUUGAUUCACGCAGCGGGGGGGCAUGUCCACCUCGAGCAACCUCCUUCAGCGAUGUCAUGGCUGGAGGCCGAGACUCAACAGUUUGUGAACUCAAUUGGCAUUCACUGCAUCAACUUGGCAGCAUGUCAGUAUGGCCAAAAUUGGCACAAAAGUUGGAUGUUUGCAAGCAGCCUAGGUGAUCUCACAAAACUUGGAAAUUCAUGUCCUCACCCAUAUGGGUUUCACGACACAAUUGCAGGUCCGCGCAACUCAGCAGGAUAUUUCUUUAGUAAAGAUACUGCACGUUAUCCUCAGGCCCUCGCCAAGGCUUUUGGAGAUUGUGUUGCACCUCUUUUUUCCAGGCAUCAAGGUGACAUCAUUUGGACUAAUCGUACGAUGAUCAUCCCUCGCAAGCAAUCAGAUGCAUUCCCUCGCAGUCAUGAAGACGGUGGGGGACUUUUCUCUCAGCCAGAUUGGAGCAUGUCAGGCCGCACAGCUGUUGACUCGUUUUCUCCAUUGCAGCACAUCAUUUCACAACGUUUUGACAAGAAACUGGUAGCAGCAUGUCAACUUGGAUCACCUGAGCCCCCCUUUUCCGACCAGAACUUGGCACCUUUCCGGCAAGACCUUGAAAAGUUGAUGAUUGAUCAUGGCCAUACCCCUGACUGGCAGGUUCGAGCGCACCAGCCCAUGCAACUCCAUGUUUUGAAGUCACUUAGUGAGAUCAUGCAUGAUCCAGAUCACACAUUUUUUGAUUCUCUCAUCAAUGGGGUGAGCACAGGAUACCAACGAGACAUUCCGUUAUCGGGUUGUUUCCCACGCAAUGACAGAGCUUGGGAUCCCCAUAGCCAAGAGCCUCUUUCCGUUCAUUUCUCAAAUUGGCAAUCAGCAGCCGACCAAGAGUUGGUUCAGACUGAGGUGGACAAAGGCUGGGUCUUUGAGUAUCCAGGAACCCUGGCUGGAGUGGCCCUAGGUAAGCUGGGUAUCGCCAUUUCUGAGGGGAGACCCCCCCGACUCGUAGUAGAUCAGAGCAUCUGCGGCCUAAACCAAAACUGUUUUGUGCCAGACGGAUCUACCCUCCCAUCAGCUAAAGACGUCCUUAGGUGUUAUCCAAUCAGAGACUCAGUUGCAGACCUCCUUGGAUUCUCCCUGGACAUCAAGAGCGCACACAAAAGGGUUGUGAUAAAAAAUUCUGAGUGGGGCCUUGUAGGCUUCACCUUGAAUGAUCGCAUCUUCUUUUAUCGGGUUUGUCCGUUUGGCGCCUCUUUUUCAGCGGCCUGGUGGUCCAGAGUCGGCGGCUUUCUUCUCAGAACAUUUCACCGAUUGAUUUGGCUUUCUCACGUAGCUUUGCUUUACGUAGAUGACUUUUUGGUCUACCAAGAUGCUCAGGUACUUCCUCUCUCAGCUUGUCUCCUGUGCAUUUUUGUGUUGAUCACUAAGGUUCCAAUUUCUUGGGCAAAGUGUGAACUGUCGAGAGACCUCAAAUGGAUUGGGUGGAAUUUCCAUAUCAACGCCGGUUUUUUGACUAUCCCUGCAGAUAAGUUGGCAAAAGUGUCCAACUAUUUGGAUGACCUUCUUCAUGGAAACAGAACUACUCGCAAGCGCCUUGAGAAAGCCAUUGGUAUUUGCAUGUGGCUCACGCAGUUGUGGCCUUACAUGAGAAUUUGGAUUCAUCACUGGUACAAAGACCUUUACAGUAUUCCAGCUUCUUUGUUCAGCGUAAACCUUCACGACUGGUCUGCCAUCACACAUGCCCUCACCAAUGAUCUCAAGUUUAGUGUUUCUCCUCACAACACAGCUCUACACUAUCGAGAGCAGACUUUGAAGUAUUCUAUCCGAAGACCAAUGGUGGAUAAUCUUCCAGAGAUUCUGAGAGAGAUUCACAAUGAGAUUCAAAGCUACCAUUCAAUGUUGGAGGGAUCCAUCAACUAUCGAGCUUUUCUGGAUUUGAGGAUCAUGGAGGGAGACCAGUUCUUGUUGUACCUGAGGAAUUUGCCAGAGCGUGUCGUGGAGCACGUUCAGAUGAUUGCUGGAGCCAACACGGUACUCCAGUUGUGGGAAUCGGUGCAACAAUAUUAUGUCAGGAGUCGUUCUACCAACUUUGUUACUGAGAGAGCUCAUGUGACCAAUCCUGAUCGAAAUCCAGCAGCUGGCAAGAGAUGUCAUAACUGCGGCCGUGAGGGUCAUUUUGCCAGUGAUUGUCCAGAUCCUCCCAAGUGCAAGCACUGUGGGAGGCCAGGCCAUUUGGAGAAGGAAAGUUGGAAGAAAUAUCCAGAGAAGAAGCCUGCAAAGAACACCAAGUCUGAUCCAAAGGCAAAAGCCAAAUCAGCAGCAAAGGCCAAAGGAAAAGGAAAGGGUCGUGGACGUGGAAAGGGAGGACGUUUCCAUGGUGUGGAUGAGAAGACCAGGGAGAACAAGAGGGUGAGGGUGGAGAACAAGAGCCUGAGAAUGAGGAAGCAACAGAAACUCAGUUGA